AUGUCGUAUCAGCCAAGUUCAAUUUUGGUAACAGGUGGCUGUGGGUUUAUUGGUUCCAAUUUUAUCAGUUCUAUGUUCCAAAAAUGGUGCACAGCAAGAUUUGUUAACAUCGAUAAGUUAACACAUGAAAUUCGGGAAACAAAUGUUGCUGCUAAAGUUCGACAGUCAAGCCGUUAUAAAUUUUUUAAAGGAACAGUUAGGGAUAUUGAUUUGGUCCUCAAUUUGCUUCGAGGUUAUCAGAUCGAUACAGUCAUACAUUUUGCUGCAAUGACACACGUUGAUAAAUCAUACAUCGACCGGAUUGGCACCAUUGAAGAAAACAUAAUGUCAACAACAAUAUUGUUGGAAGCAAUUGCACUUCGAUACAAUGGCAUCAAAAGAUUUAUACAUAUCAGCACUGAUGAAGUUUAUGGUGAGUCAGAAGAAGGAAGCAUACCAAAAAUGGAAUACUCUAUGGUUAAUCCGACGAAUCCUUAUGCGGCCAGUAAAGCUUGUUGUGAGAUGAUUCUUAAUGCUUACUGGCACUCUUACAAAAUACCGUUUGUAAUGGUUCGAAUUAACAACGUUUAUGGGCCAAAUCAAACUCUAUCGAAACUGAUUCCAAAAUUUAUAUUGUUGGCAGUGGAAGGGAAAUCCUAUCCAUUAAUGGGCGAUGGAAUGCACAAAAGGAAUUGGAUUUAUGUAGAUGAUUGUACGAAUGCAAUUGGACGUGUAUGUGAAAGAGGCAGAAUUGGUGAAAUUUAUAAUAUUGGGACUGAAUUCGAAAUUACGAAUUAUGAUGUUACCAUGUUGAUUCAUCAAAUUGUCAACGAGUUGCUGAAGCGAAAUAAUACUUCGCCACAAUUCGAACCUGUAAUGGAUAGACCAUAUCAUGAUCGACGUUACUGCAUCGAUUUUACUAAAAUUACUCGAGAAUUGAACUGGAAAAGUAUCACUCCUUUUAAGGAUGGUCUAAGGAAAACUAUAAAGCAUUAUCUGGCCGAAUAUUUCAGGAAAGAAUGCUAA